GUUCAUGGUUGUAGGUCAUUCACUAUCCUACCCAUUUACAACAAGUUUUGUUUGUGGUCACAACACUACACCUAAAACUUAUUAAAAUGGAGGAGAGGUUGCAAAGUCCGAAAAGAUAUGCUUGCUCUUUCUUUGAUUGUCAAGCUACGUUCAGAAAAUCAUGGAAGUUAGAGGCUCAUCUAUGCAAACACACAGGAUUGAAACCAUUUUCUUGUGAGAACUGUGACAAGAGUUUCUGUACUCGCUAUCAACUCACCAGACAUGAGCUGACUCAUAGUGGAGAGAAACCAUACAAAUGUCUUGCUGAUGGAUGCUCUGAGGCCUUUGUGAAAAAUUCCAGCAUGAAAAACCACAUGGCUCGAGUCCACCAGCUCCAGGAAAAGCGAUAUCAGUGUGACCACCAGGGCUGUGGAAAAGAUUUCAACAAGAAGAAUCAACUGAAAGCCCACAAGUGUGAGCACCAACAGCUUCUGCUUUUUCAUUGUUCUUACAAUGGAUGCACAAGAGAAUUUUCUAGCCAUGGAAAACUAAAACAUCAUGAGAAGGUGCAUGAAGGUUAUCCUUGUGACAAAGAGAUGUGUCCAUUCCAGGGGAAAACAUGGACAGAAUAUGUGAAGCACAGAAAAGAACAUAAAGUCAAGGUGCCGUGUGAAGACUGUAAAAAGCUCUUCAACAACACCUGGUUCCUGCACCAACAUGAGCUACGUGUCCACUCUGAGGUGAAGAAGUCAUUCUCGUGCCCCAGAGAAGGUUGCAACAAAAAGUUCACUCGCCGCUUCAACUUGGAGAGUCAUGUCCUGGGAGACCAUGAGGGGAAGAGUCCUUUUAGCUGUGCCUAUGUUGGCUGUGGGAAGAGCUUUGCCAUGAAGGAAAGCCUGUGGCGACAUGGUGUGGUGCAUGAUCCAGCAAAGAAAAAGCUGAAGAAAGUGCUUCCUAAAAAGAAUCAGCCCCAGAGGGUGGUGCAGGAGGUCACCAUCGCAGCUGCAGCCAGUCAAGAGGAAACAAACAAGCUUGCUGCAAAGCUGCUAAACACCACUUUAGAGGAUGGCAAAUCUUGAGGAUGCACUAAAAAUUUCUGUAGCUUUGUUCAUCAAACUUGUAUUUUUUUUGUUUUUUUCUUCAGCAAUUGUGAAUAAACAAUCUCUCAAAGCAA